AUGUUUUUGCAACCACCUCCUAGUGCUGAAGAAUUAGCAUUGAAGGAUGAGAUAACACAGGUGCUGACAAGUCAAGGAGUGCUAUCAAAGCUAAAGGCUGAACUACGCGCUGCAGUUUUUGAUGCGAUGCAUGAACGCGAAGGGUCUAGGAAAAUGAUCGACGGUCCAAGAUUAAGUGACUUUCCAAAAGAAAUUAGCACAAUUGCUCUGUCGCUAAUUGUCGAGUGCUUGCAGUUCUUUCAUUGGAAACACGCGCUGGGGGUGUUACUUGCAGAGACGAAUACAGAAAAGGAGCAACAAGACGGCAGUGUGCUGGCGACAAAGCUUGGAUUGUCAAAUUACGACUCUUUGACUUAUCCAAUACUCUUUCACCUCGUUCAACGCCAAUUAGACGAUAGAAACCAGCACGCAGUCGCUGCCGAAACUUUGGCAGCCACCGAGCAUAGUCACUUUAGCGGUGGACAUGCAGACAACGCACCAGCGUCAGCAGUAAGAGCAGUGGAACCAGAAGAAGAUCAUACCUACCAGGUGCCUAAGAAAAAGGAUGUAAACAUAGAUUUUGAAGGCAAGGACGGGGAUGAUGAGAGCAAUGCUGAUUUUGAAGAGAGCAUGGGAGAAGAGGCUUUUAGUGUAUCAGAACUGGGAGAUUCCAGUUUGGCAAACGAAGAAGACGAAAGAAGCUAUGAUCAAACUCUAACAAUUAUCAAACAGCCCAUAAGUUUGUCGAAACAUCUACCGCAAAAAAGUCACAAUAGCGAUAAAGAUUUGGAAGACAGCCAUAAAACCGGUGAAAGUGUUAAAAAUGAAUUGUCAAUGACAGUGCCUCCUCCAACACCAGUAGGUUUGCCAUCCUUACCACCCUUAGUCGGCCAUGCUCUUGCUAGGGAUGCAGACGAUGAUUUUGAUGCGGAGGAAGAAGCUGAACGUUUACGACGAUUGGAUGCUGCACUGCAAGCCAUGGAGGCUGAAGAUGAUACCGGUACACUACAGCAAUUGAAAGUAUCGCUGCAGCUGGAAUCGCACGAGCAGGACAGUUUUGUCAGCAGUGGUGGGCUCGACUCUGAUGGGGAGGAGGCAGAUGACGCCGAUGAUGUGAUAGGCAAUUCGCAAACAGGCGAGAAUGAUGUUGAGAAAGAGAAAGCAGAUGACGCGAAUAAUGUGAAUGGUGACCCGCAAACUGGCGAGAACGAUGCUGAGGUAGAGGGUGAUGAUGAUUACGGAACCAGCGACUUUGAAGAGGAAGAAGAGAUCGCCAGCGAUAUUUCCGAGGAGUUGGAAUCUAUGCCCGAAUUCUCGGACAGAGGGGAUGACACUGAAGACGACAGACAAGGGAUGGCGGCAGCUGACACCGAGCUACCUCGCGUGCUUCAAUUUGAUACUCGAGUAGACAGUGAAGAUGUGUUGAACAACUUUGACUACGUUGAAGACGUUGAAAAAGAUGAAAUAUGGUAA